AUGAAAACGUUGAAGUUCUUGCAACUAAAGAGCCGGAACCCUGGAGGCCGACAAAGCAGGCACAGCUUCGGUUUCUUUCGUACCCAAGAUGAAGGUAUAUCAAAUAUUCCUCCUAAACCGGAGAGAGAAAAAGAUUUUUCAUCAACUUUAAAAACUUAUCUUACGAAAAAAAAGAAUCGAAGUCAAAGAGAUCAAACAGCGUCUCGUGAGGUUCGUGCCUCUGCUGUUGAAGCCUUUACCAUAAAUGGUCUAAAGGAAGAAAUACGACAACGGGAGGCUACGCUGGAGGCCUUAAAUAAAAGGAUUAAAAGUAUAGAGUCAGAAAGAGAUCGAGCGAAAGUAGAAUUAGAAGAAGCCCAGACGCAGCUCAAGGAGCGUAGUCAUGAGGUCCGGGACCUUAAGGCCUUGCUCCCGGAACCUGAAUUAGAUAAAACAAAAUCCGAACUUAAAGUUCGAGAAGGAGAAAUAAGAGAAUUAAAUUUUUCAUUACUUGAAUGUGCACAUGAUUUACAAGCAGCUAAAACAGACCUUUCAGCUACAAUAAGUGAAAGGGAUGCAGCACUUUAUGAUAUACAAAAACAAUUAAAAGAACGAGAAAAACUUGUACAGACACAUGCAAAACAAAUACUUUCUCUUCAACAAGAACUUGAGUCAGCACGAAUGGAUCUUCACACUACACGGGAAGAACUUGAAGCAACACAAACCAAAUGUAAUGCAGAAAUAGAUGCAACACAAGCAAUGUGUUCAGCAGAAAUUGAAGCAACUAAAGCAAAAUGUAUAGCAGAAAUAGGAGUUAUAAGAGCGAAAUACGCAGCAGAACUCCAUGCUACAAAAGAAGAACAUGCAGAUGAAUUAGAGGCCACCAAAGCACAGCUUUCAUUUUUCAAAUCACAACUUGAUUCGACUAAAGCACAACUUUCUUUUACCAAAUCCAAACUUGAGUGGGCAAAAGCAGAUUUAUCAUCUAUUAAAUCAUUAUUGGAUACAGCAAAAUCAGAUCUUGCCACCACGAAUAAUAAAUUAAAACGAACAACAGCAGAAUUAGAAGCAGUUAAAGAAGAAGUUGAUGAAUAUAUAGAUAUGAUGGCAUAUAGAGAUGGACUCACUUCUUUAAUAAUAUCAGUUUAUCAAGAAGAUAUUCGAAAUGAAAAAGAACGAACAGAAUCAGAACUUGAAGAUACACAAGAACAAUUAAAUAAAAUUAAAUCUACACAUGAAAAAGAGAAAAAGGCAAAUGCCAAAACUAUAAAACAAUUAACAAAUCAAAUUCAAAAUUUGACAAAUUCACAAGUUCAAGAAAAAUCUAAAAUAUAUCAACUUGAAACCGAUAAUGCUAAAUUACGGAAACAACUUGAGCAAACGAAAACGCAAGCCGCAGAAGAAAUAGCGUGUUUACAUGCCCAAGUUGAAACGUUAUUGGCUACAUCAAAAGCACAAGAUAUUAUUAAUGAAACACCUAUUUCUACCGCCAACAUAUCAACACCACCAGAAUCCCCAUGUAAUUCGCGACCAAGUAGUGACCUCUUUAAUGAAAUGACAAGUGAAUCAAAUAGUAUACCCGAUGGUAUAAUUAAUGGAG